CUUUUCACAGAGGAAGGGGGGGUUGGUUCAUGGGAAGAGACUGCAGCACAGUGGACAGUGGUUCCUGCAGCUGAACUACACUGAGCGCAUACACUGGACUCAGGAUUCUCUGUGACUUAUUUCUUUAAUCACGAUCAUGGGUCAGUCAUUCUCUUCUACAUCAGAGAAUGAAGACCGUGGAGAUUUGGAAUCCAGUUUCACUGAAUAUUUUAAUAAUAUUGAAAUAGAAAACAAAAUCAUUCCUCCAGAAAUCAUCCGUUCUAUAAAAAGGUCUCUGAGAAAAGGAGAUGUUCAGCAGGCACAUUAUAGAAUCAGUGCUCAAUUAGAAUAUAUUUAUUAUGCCCCAAUAAACGUUGCUGUGACAGGAGAUUCUGGAGUAGGGAAGUCCAGCUUCAUCAAUGCCCUGAGGGGAGUUGGACCUGAAGAGGAAGAUGCAACUCAAGUUGGGAUAGCAGAGAAAGCUAUGAUGAGAACUCCAUACAAGCACCCCAAAAUUGAAACGUUGACUUUUUGGGAGCUGCCUGGUAUUGGAACUAUGAACAUUCCACCAAAAUAUUAUCUGGAGAAAGUAAAAUUCCAAGAGUACGACUUCUUCGUGAUUCUUUCCGCCACACGCUUUAAACUACUUGAACUAGACCUUGCCCAAGCAAUCAGAUUGAAGAGAAAGAAUUGCUACUUUGUAAGAACCAAAGUGGAUGCUGACUUACAAAAUGAAAAGGAAUCCAAACCAUGUACCUUUGACAGAGUAAAGACCCUGCAGCUGGUCAGAAGAUACUGUGUGAACACCUUCAUUCAGAAUAACAUGGAUGCUCCACCAAUUUUCUUGAUUUCUAACCACAAUUUAUCAGACUAUAAUUUUCCAGUCCUGAUGGACACAAUGAUAAAAUAUCUUCCUGCUCAAAAGCACCACAACUUUAUACUUUCCUUGCCUAAUAAUACUGAGGCUGUCGUUGACAAAAAGCACAAAUUUAUGCAGCAGUUUAUCUUGUUGGAAGCCUGCCAGGCUGGAAUUUUGGCUACUGUUCCUACAGUGGACACCCUCAUGGAUGAAGUCGAAGAGUUGAAAGUGAAGUUAAACCACUACCGAGUCCUCUUUGGACUGGAUGAUGAAUCCCUGGAAGCCAUGGCUAACAAUUCUCAAGUGCCUGUUGAACAACUGAAAAAAAAAAUUAAAUCUCCUUAUUUGUUGGAAACUAAGAAAGAAGAAACAUUGGGAGAAAUGAUUUUGAAAUAUGUGGAGAAAUUUGCCUCAGCUAAUGGUGGGCCUCUUGCUACAGGGCAUUACUUUGGUAAAACCUUUUACUUACAACUUUAUUUCCUUGACACAGUGACUGAAGAUGCCAAAGUUCUCCUUAGAGAGACAUAUUUUAAAAAACUAGUUCAAGCUCUGCUCAACCACAGUGACUGACCAUGACAAGAUCACAAGAUCAAUGGUGAAUACAAUGGAAUCACUAGAUAAAUUCCCCCUCUUAUAUCUUUUCUUUCCACUAACCAAUCCACUAUUACCAUGAGAAACCUAAGGAUAAGGGCCAUGUGUGUUAAUAUGUCAGAACCUGGCAAUCCCCAGCUUCAACUCUCUACCUUCCUCUCUGUCUUUAAACUCUGGUGUGGGAGAAUUGUCUGUAUCCUGUCAAUCAUGUUUUAAAUAAAUGCUGAUAGGCCAAUAGCCAGGCAGAGAGUAUAGGCAAGACAACCAGACAGGAAGU